AUGGCCUCCCUGCUCCCCAGCAGCCCCACGGCCAUCGCCACCACGGUUCAGCCAGGCUUCCUGGGCGGCUGGCUUAGCCAGAUCCCAUUACCCAAAUGGGCGCUCAUCGCUGUGGCAGUGGCCAUUCUCCUCCUCCUCUUCCUCAUCUGCAUCAUCAGGUGCUGCUGUGGCAAGAAGAAGUCCAAGAAGAAGGAGAGAGUCAGCUUGUGCGCUGUCAGUGGCUCCACCACGGCUAGCCUCGUCCAGCCUGAGAUGGAGGACCUGGAGCAGGGCAUGGAGCAGACGGGACGAGGAAAGCUGCAGUACUCCCUGGAGUACAACUUCCGCGCGCAGGAGCUGAAAGUUGGUGUGAAGCAGGCAGCCGAGCUAAAGGCCAUGGACAGUGGAGGCACAUCUGAUCCAUAUGUGAUCGUCUACCUAACAUCUGAUACGAAGAAAAAGUACGAGACCAAAGUUUAUCGCAAGACCUUGAACCCCAUCUUCAACGAGAGCUUCACUUUCCAGGUACCCCAGGCAGAGGUGCCUGAAUCCACGCUGGUGAUGCAGAUCUAUGACUUCAACCGCUUCACCAAGCAUGACAUCAUCGGUGAGGUCCGCCUACCCCUGGCCAGUGUCAGCCUGCAGCAUGUCAUUGAGCAGUGGAGCAACCUGGCAGUGGCCAGUAAAGUGGAGGAAGAACAGCUGGGGGAGAUCUGCUUCUCGCUGCGCUAUGUCCCCAGCACCGGCAAGCUAACAGUGCUCAUCCUGGAAGCCAAGAAACUGAAGCGAAUGGACUCCCAUGGACUCUCAGAUCCUUUUGUUAAGGUACAUCUCAUCCUGAACAGGAAGAAAUGGAAGAAGAAGACAACAAGCGUGAAGAAAAACACCUUAAGACCUUACUUCAAUGAGAUGUUUGUUUUUGACGUGCCUUUCAAUCAGAUCCAGAACGUGGACGUGGUCAUCUCCGUCUGGGAUCACGACAAAGUGACCAAGAACGAGCCCAUUGGCAAACUCUUCCUGGGCUGCCGGGCCACGGGCAACCAGCUGCGGCACUGGUCCGACAUGCUGUCCAACCCGCGCCGGCCCCUCGCCCAGUGGCACAGCCUGCAGCCCCCGGACGUGGUCGACAAAGCCCUGGGGCUGAAGUCCCACCUCAAGCUGCCCCUGCCCCCCAGAUAGUUGGGGGACUCCACCACCUG